AUGUAUAUCCUCAUCAACUAUAACACGAUACACUUCUUCAUCUUCUUGCGUCUCCUGAACUUGAGUUUCUGGAAUAUCACCACUAUCAGUGUUAGAGCCAUCAUCAUUGUCAUCAUCUACUGCAUGGUCAUUGAUAUCUCUUCUCUUUUUGAUGUGAAGAAUGUUGGGAUUGUGAGCGUACAUCAUGAUGUCUCCCUUCCACCGGAGACCUUUUACCUGAGAUCGGAGCACCCUCUUUUUCCCGGCUUCCCUUUGGAGUCUCUGAUGGUCUUUUUUUCGCUUUUUCCGCCGGUGAUACGAUCUCCGGCGAGAUCUGUGCAACCAUACUUGGUUCUUGCUAUCUUACUGGUCGGCGACUCUCUCUCUCUGAUGGAUAUUUCGAUCGGAUCUAUGAACCUUUUGAGGACGGAGCUUUCGUUUUCCUCGUCCAUCGUGCCGGAGAUGUUUGACAGUUCGUCGACUCUCUCUCACCUCUCCGUGAGUCACCUUUUGGCUUUGCCGGAUCUUCCUCCCAAACCACCGGAUCCGCCGGUUAUUCCUUGCGCUCAAUCUUCAUCAUCGAUGCAUGUGUUCGCUCAUCUUUCGCCUGAGACCCUCAGAUCUAAAUAA